AAAAAGUAGAAGUAAUUCUAAAAAAUGAUGAUAAAUAUUAUGCUAUGAGAGAGUAUAUCUUGGACAUUGACAAACAGGAGAAUCUACUAAACAUAUACCAAGUGAGGCACCAUAGUGCCAAGCUUGGGUAAUGGAUCCCGUUGGUCCAUGGUAUACGUCAUAUAAUCGUCUAACUGUGAGUAGCUCCACUGGAACGUUUCAAACAACAUCAACUACAACUAGUGAUUUUGUACCUCAUCAUUUAACAACAGCUGUUGCGCAGGCAGUACCAUCAACAACGACGUCACAAUUACUUUUACAAGCAGCUCAUACGACAGCAACUCUGGCAGGUCAACCGUCUCCCUUUAACCCAGGGGGAUUUCUAUCUCCACCUCCUGUGAGUUAUGAAGUCUUUACACCUUUGUUUCAUCCUAAUACUAAGCAGGCACACUAUGUUACUCAACACAGACAAGUACUUGCUCAGGCACAAGCAGUGACAAAACAGAACACCACAACCGAAUCCGAUAUCUCUACGUUGAGAGAGAAUUAUAGCUCGACUCAUCAAGCUACAUUUUUCGAGCAACAUGGAGCGUCGACGUCGCCUACGACAUCAACGUUAGCCUGGACGUCUCAGAACAAUACGCAACUUCCUAGCCCAUUUGGCAUUUUACCACACGAAAGCGUUGUUCCAUCGUCUCCAGGUCCACCUUCUACAAAAUCUAGUAGUAUUGGCUAUGAAAACACAUUUAAUACUCAUUUUAAUACGACACAGACCUUAAACAAUAUAAGUGCGUCUCAAAUAACCACUCCUUCUGCGUGCAACACAGAUUUUAAAGCAUCCAGCUGUUCAACUGACACAAAAAAGUCUAUCAGUGUGAGAUCUCAAUCGCCUACCGUUAGCAUAAAAUCCACGUUGCAAGUCAGCAAUAGUCAAACAUUCUUUCAUCAAGUUCCAACCUUUAGUUCUGACACCUUGACUGAUAGUUAUCCAGGCGCUGGUAAUGGAGGUCAGUCCGCCACUGAAAAUGAAAAAGUUGAACCAUCACUACAUCAGCAAUCGUGUAUUGUAUCAACACCGAGCAAUUCUUCUGGCAAAGAAUAUAGAAUAUCACAACCGUCCUCGAGAUCGACCACGACGAUUUUUUUAAAUGCUCCAGUUCGGUCAGGUUCCACACAAGUAAUUCAGGAUAAACAGGAAACACGCAAUGGCAAUUUUGCAUCGCCAUCAAAUAAAACUGCGACCACUACCGCGACUCAACAGAAUAUUCAGACCAAAGCACAGACCAAGAUUUAUCCAGACCUAGGGAGUCACGGAAUUGAGCACAGACGAAAUGAGCAACAGGGACAUGACAGUAGUCAAUCAUCUCCAAUUAGUUUCUCCAUCAUGGAAAGCCGGAACUUAAAUUACACUGCAAAUAAUACUUGCAAUAAUACCAACAGCAAGCUUACGAACAGUCAGAGGACAUCGUCUAAUAGCAAUUUACAGUCACAUUCUCAACAACAGCAGCAGCAACAAACGUUUCAUGUUUUGAAUCAACAGCAACAGCAACAACAACAACAGCAGCAGCAGCAACAACAACAGCAGCAACAACAACAACAACAGCCGCAGACUCCGACUUAUAGACAUUAUUUGACAGGAUCAACAAGCGAUGCGGAAUAUCACCAUCCAGGUAGAUCCAAGUCUGCUACAUCAACGGAUUCUGCUUACUCGUCCAAUACUUCGACGCAAAAUGGACCCGACUGCAAUGUCGUUGUUCCACGACGACCAAGUCCUCUGCAGACUCAUUCGCAGGCUAGUCCCUUGGGUCAUGUACCAAGUCCUGCGUAUCCAAUGUACAAUAGUCCGAUGGCGACUAUGUCGUCACCAUCACCGUUGCAACAACAUGAGACUAAUGGUAGUCAGUGUACUAAUGGUGCAUCAUAUAAAAGUGGAGUCACUCAGCAUGUCGCUCCACCGUCACCUUUGGAUGUCACUGUUCCCAGACCGGCAUCACAGGGACAAGUAGCUUACUCGUCGGUGAUCACACGAGCAUUAGGCACCACAGAAAAUAACAAGACAGCUUACAAUACAGAGAAUAAAACAUACGAUAGACAGCAACAACAAGACUUCUCACAAAUGCAAAAGCAACAGGUUUGUUGGGAAAAUGGUAAUCGGCAAACAGCGAACGGCAACAGAAAGUUUUCCGUCUACACUGGUGCAAAUACGGCAACCAGUAACGGUAUAAAUGCACAGAGUUUGCCGGUCCAACAACAAGUACAAAGGCUUAUGAAUGUAUCAACAGAUAGGCAGCAAUCAUAUUUUGAAUCCAAUCAAGUGGCGUUGCAAGAUUUAAGCAGCUGUAGGGGAGAUCCAAUGAGCAUCGUAAAGAAUCUGCAAACAUUGCAACAAGGUCCCUGCUUGCAACAGCAUACGACUGUUGCUACCUCGGUUGGUAUGAUAGAACAACAAAAGCAGAUCGAAGAACGGCGAAAAGUCGAUAGCGUCAAUAAAAAGAGGAAAAAUUUGGAAAAGAAUGGACAUGGUAUAUCAUUACCUAAUGAGCUUACAGGCAGCACGACGAUGACAGAAUAUCUCAGUAGGAUACCUCCGCCUGCGCAUCAUAAUACGGCGAAUCAACAACAGCAAAAUGGUUACUUUGAAUUCGAACGGUGGAAUUUACCGCCACCGACCGCCAAAAUGUUUCCCACCGCGUCCAGUGCCUUCGGUUCUCAGCCGUCAUUGCACCAUUCGAGUAAUUUCGUGGGCACUCCAGCUCAUCAACAUCAAUCAUUAAUGGUAUCGCACCAUCAUGCACCACCACCUAUUCCAUAUUUUCCGGCUUUUCAUAUUCCCGCAGGUCAUCAUCCGCAUCACUCGCACGAAUUUCAAUCCUCGGUCGAGAUAACGCCAAUAGGAUUUGGUGAUAACAUUACGAAUCAAAACACUAAUUAUAAUCAAGAGGUCAGAGAUGAUCAGCCUAAAGUGAUUGUUCCUAAUAUUGAAGAAGAAUUAAAUUUUCUUCAGCAGGAUCAACUGAUACAAAUAAAUAAAGAUUUUAAACGGCCCAACAGAGAUCCUAAUACGGGAUUUAUGACGAGUUAUUUAAAAUUUCUGCAAGGUGAAAAAGAUCCUUCUCCACCACCUGCCAUACGUGGUGGUAGGAAAGCAACUUGGAAUAGGUCAAAACCGUAUAUAUCUGUUAAGCCGAGUAAAUCUGUGGAAGUUUCGAUUAACGGUGAAAGUAUUAAAUCUCAAGAAAAGCCAGCGUUAAUAAAGGAGACACCGAUUAAAGAAACACCAGUAAUAGAUUACGCUAAUGAUCCUAGGUAUUUCCCUCUACCGAAAGAAAGAAAGAAAUUAAAUUUUGAUUCGAGCGACGAUGGUUUUACUAGUGACGAUGAUUUUCCAUUUCCUCCUAAGAAAAUGGAAAAGAAAGUGCAGAAUGUAAAUAAUACAAACAAUAUUGAAGUUGUUACUGUAAAAUCAGAAGGAAAAGGUAGGAAAGGUCGUCCUAUUAAGCCUGGUGGACCUACAGAUAGAAAGAGAAGAGCUGCUGCGGCAGCGGCAAAAGCUGCUGCUGCAGCAACGGAAGCAGAGAAAAAGUCUUCAAAGAAAGUUGAAGAAGUGGAUCCUUUACUUCUUCCUCCAAGACGUGAAACAUCGAGAAGAAAGGCAAAAGAGAAAACAUCAGUGAAACAAUUUUUAGAUCGUCAACAGGGUAUAUAUUAUUUUGAUAACGAUGAGGAACAGGUAGAUUCCGAUUCUGAUCCAGCAUGGACACCUGCUGUAAAAUUGGUUGGCGAUGAAGAAGAGAAAAGAAAGAAACGUGUAAGGCCCGUUAUUACAAAAAAGAUUAGGAAAAUGUUAGAAGAGGACGGUUAUUCGUCCGGGGAAGCGAUUAUCUCAAAAAAAUUGACGAGAAAGAAGCAUGAGAUGUUCUCAAAAAAUUCUAAUAAUUCCGGCAAACUUUCUUGUAGAAUUGAUGAAAAAUUAGUAGCGGCGGCAAGCGAUGAAGAUAUUGAUAUUUCGCCAUUUAAGCAUUCGAUAGGCUUAGAAGAUGCGUCUGGUGAAUUUGUCGUGAUCAAAACAGAUUUGGAUGAAGAAGAAGAUCCUCCGUUGUGGAGAAUAGAUGGCAAAACGUUGCUUCAAAAAUACCAGCCAUUCAAAUCCAAUGGAAAAACUUUAUACAGAAACAUACCUACGUAUUCUGCAUGGGUUUCACAAAAUCGUCAUAUAUAUCGACAAGUACCAGUGAAAUUCUGGCAGCAGGGCAAGACUGAAACAAUUGUAGAAUUUCUGAGGGAUGAAAUGAUCAUUGAUAACAGUGAGAACAUUGAUAAAUUUAUGAAAGAUACCGAAAGAUAUCAAGAUAAUUUUGAAGUAUACAUACAGACAUUAAUCUCACAAGCUUUGGAUUCUAAUUUUCUUACUGAAAUAUUUCAAGAACAAGAUGAUUAUUUUCUAUCAAAUGUUAAAACUGUCGAUGAAAUAACAGAAGAAAGGAAACGUCGCCUUUUAUUCACAACUAAAUGGAAAGCAAGCUUCGUAACAGCAAUAUCAACAUGGCCAUGUAUUAAUGUGCUAAAAGAUUUGCCAUCAUCAGAAUAUAAAGGGAAAUUCUGUGCUGGUUGUCAGCAGGCAAAAAUCUAUACAAGAGUUUUGCUUUAUGGACAACCAUAUAAUGGUACUACAUUAGAAGGCUCGCCACCUGAUCCAAGAAUACCUCAUGAAAAAGACUUUUUGUUAUGCCGCAUUUGCCAAAAGAAGGUGGCCUUGUAUAAUAAAGUCGCUCAUCAAAAAUAUUUAAUGUUUUUGGAAUGUGCGAGAAGAGUAGCAGAUAAAAAGGUAACCGAUCCACAUAAGGAUACUACAAUAAUAUUGAAUGAAUUAUUAGCAGAUGAAGCAUGGUUGAAUCAACUUUUCAAGGAAGUAAGGAAUAUUUGGGCUGAAAUUGAUAGCAUGGAGCAGCAAGCAAAGGCUAAAGCAAAAGUGAAAUCAAAAGCAGCACUGUCGUCAUCAGUAAAACAGCAUCAUAGAGCAGAGACAACAAUAGCAAGUGCUCCUAUCGUACUUAUAUCUAAGAAGACUGCUGAUAAUAUUUCUGAUUCACAGGAAAAGAAAGAACACGUGCUCGGGUGCUAUAGUAGAACUAAGAGCUAUACAUGGGGGAUUAAGAUAAAUAGCACACAGAACAACAUAAGCAAUUUGUAAAUUUUGUAAGCAAUAAACAAAUUAACAUUUUUUAUUUGCUACUGCUUAUGUUAUUGCCUUAUGUUCUGUUAUUCACUUACUGUUUAUAUUUAUGUUAUCCGAUGUGCCACUAACUUAAAUUGCGCUGCUAAUAUGAGAAUACAACCAAGAUUAUAUUAAAAU